CAUUAGCAUUAUUUUUCUUUCUAAUAUGCAAUUCAAGUUCUUGACUCUCGCUGUUAUUGCCUGCUUUGUUCUUUGUGCUUCUGCUGCUCCUGUAGGAAGCACGUCUCCCUCUGAUGACUCAGGUUCUGCUGGUGGUGGGGUGGAUCCUAACUCAGAUCUCAAUGAACUUUUGAGCGAUAGUAUGAAUGCCCUCAGUGGCGCAACUGGUUCCAGUGAUUCCUUUGGUCUCCAAGGUCCCAAUACUGAUAUGGGCGCCGGUGUUGGUACUGAUUUUGGUGGUGUUGGUACUGAGACAAACGCUAAUACGGAUGCUAGCGUUAGUGCUGGUACAGACGCUGGUGUUGGUGCUGAAACUGGCGCUGGCGUAGACGUUGGUAAAGAUAUUGUUACAAACGGUGGUGCAAGCGGUGGUGCAAACGGUGAAUUUGCUGCUGGCGCAGGCGCUAAUCACGGUGCGGCCGCUGGAGAUGGUGCUACUGUUGAACUUGGUGCUAAUGCAGACGCUUAUAAUUCUAUGGGCUCUUCUGAUUUUGAUGCUGCUGGUAACGCCGGCCCUUAAUAAGCAUGUCCUUACAACAUGCUUUCAGUAAAAUAACAUUGUGCAUACUAAAUAAACCAUGAAAUAUCCUCAGAACCGAUAUGUUUUCAGUUUAUUUAACAUUUGUU